UUGCAGUUUUUGCCGUAUGCUUUUAAACUUGUGCAAGGUGCGACAAUUAGCUCGAAAAAUCCAAAUUUAAUGAACAUUCUUGUGGAAAAAAUAAAUGUAAUGGCCAGCCAGUGAUUUUAAUUUUUCAACGGCCAAAAACUCGACUGUGUGGCAAGCGAUAUACAUACGUUAGUGGGUGGCAAGAUCAUAUUCCAUAAAAAAAUUCUCGUACUACGGUAGCGGCAAAUGUAUAGAACCUCAGAGAGAAAAAAUAAGUAGACAUAAAAGUUUUAAGCAAGUUUUUCCAAAUUCGACUUAAGCAGUACCUUGUGUAAUAAACCAAGAGGAGGAGGUGUGAGAAAACGUUGGUAAAAAAGUAAUUGAAGUUAAUACAUAUUUGAAAUAUCGGGCUGCGAAGGAAAAACAAAAUUAUUUAUCUAGUAGCAAAAUCACUUUGUGAAACUAAUCAUCUUAGAACAGAAUCCUAAAGUGGUGAGAUGUCGCAGCACGUGCAAGAUGCCACUGUCUUUGAGCGACGGUUGCGGCCAAUUUAUGAUAGUCUGGAAGUUGGAAAUAACCGCAAAGCUCUUCAAGAGACCGAAAAACUCCUUAAAAAACAUCCAAAUAUGUGGUGUGCUCGUGCAUUAAAGGCAUUGGCUCUACUGCGUUUGGGUCGAUAUGAUGAGAGUCAAGUCAUGUUAAGAACUGUGAGUAGCGAGAAGCCGGUGGAUGAUCCAACACUACAAGUUCUAUCUUUCUGCUACAAAGAAUUGGAACAAUUGGACAAAAUUGUAUAUUUGUACAAUAAUGCCGUAAAACAAUCGCCCGGCAAUGAGGAACUUCUGGCCCACCUCUUUAUAUCCCAUGUACGUCUGGAGGAUUUCAAAUCGCAGCAAUCGGUUGCGCUGCAACUGUAUAAAGCACAGCCAAAGACCGCGUAUUAUUUUUGGGCCGUGAUGAGCGUUGUUCUACAGGGAAUACGUGGCCCAGAAAGCAAGUUUCCUGAAAAAACCAAAAUUUAUUUAGCACUCGCGCAGCGCAUGGUUGAAAAAAUGAUCAAUGAAAACAAACUCGAGUCGGAACAAGAAGUUUUUCUUUAUUUGCAUAUUUUAAAGUUACAAGCAAAGUUUAAAGAGGCAUUGGAAUUCCUUAACGGCGCGCUUUGUGAAAAAUUGUAUCCGGGAGCUCCCGUCUAUAUGAAAAUUGAUUUGCUAAAACAGUUAAAAAUGUGGCAAGAGACAAAUACGCUGCUUAAAGAUUUAUUGAAUGAUGAACGUGACCGUUGGGACUACUAUCAGGACUACUUAGGAAGCUGUUUUGAGUUGCAAAAGGAAAAUUCACUAGAUUCGCCGGAGGAGAAAACAGAUGACCAAAAGGAAACAGGUGGACUAAAUACAUUAGACGAGUGCCACGAUUUUCUAUGCCAGAUGAUUGAGUCCGCUGAGCGCAAAGUACGUGGUCCAUAUCUUGCACGCCUGGAGCUCCAUAAGCGCAUGCGCGCAGAAGGCAUGGAUGCAGAAGCUCUGCUUGGUGAUUUUGCUGAGCUAAUCAUUGAAUAUUUCCGUUUAUUUGGCGAUAAGCCAUGCUGCACACACGACAUUGCGCUCUUCUUGCCCUCCAUCAGCAUGGAGGCGCGACAGCACGUAGCUACUAAACUACUGCUGGAAAGUGGCAUUAGUUCCACGACUUUGCCACAGAAUAAAGAACAAAUGCAAAAGCACAUAUGUGCUUUACAGAUUUCACGCAUUUGUGGUUCACAUCUAGACUUGCAAACAGAUCACUUGCUAGCUUUUUAUACCGCUCUGAAAUUACACUAUGAGCAUGGAUUGAGUUCUUUCGGGAAGAACUUGCUGCAUACCGAUAUGGGUCCAUCCGACCCAUACGCGCUGUUGGCCGCAAAUGUCAUGUACGAUGUUAGUUUAAGAGAAGAAAAAUCAGACCGGAUCUUUGAGGCUCUUUGCCUGCUACAAUAUGUGCUUCGUAAUAGCACAAGCAAUUUCCAUGUGAAACUGCUUAGUUUAAAGAUUUAUCACAUGUUCGGCUGUAUGUUGGGUGCACAAGAAAUGUACGAUUACUUGGACAUUAAGCAGAUACAACUUGACUCAAUGAGCUAUAUCCAUUGCAAUUUAUUGCCACUGAGCGGCCGAUUCUCCAUGGCACGCACCGUUUUUGACGCCACCUUAAAGUUUUUCACCAACAGCUAUAAGGAGCGCUUGGAAUACAUAACAUUGACAUAUCGUUUCUGUACCUUUUCCAAAUUGGAAGAGUUUAUGAACUUUAAAGAGCGUCUUACCAAUAGCAUUCAUUAUGUGAGCACCUCUAUAGAGGCGCAACUGUGUGAUCUUGUUAUGCUAUAUGGCAAUGUGCGACAGAAUCUAGCAACAUACACUGCGAUGAGCAUUGAACCUGCCGACGAUCGCAUUUCAUGGCAUGAACUUUCCGACAAUCGCGAUUUGGGCGCAUUGAUACGCUGGGACCCCGUGCAUUUGGUUAACGUAGAGGAAGAUCGCAAGGAGUCCUUCGACCAGGAAGUGGAAGUGCUACAAAUACGUCAACUACUGCUGCGGCUAGUGGCAUCGUUUGUAGACAUUUUCUAUCAGAAGACGAACUUGGAUGUAACAAAUUCGGCAAAGGGUAAUCAAAAAACCGCUAAUAGCAAUAGUAACAAUCAAAAUAACAUAACAAACGAUGUGGAAACCAUUAGAGAAACUGACACGAUCGAGCUGCUGCGCGAGUCAUGGUCUGGUCUAUUUCAGCGUCUGCGUCUCAUGAGCUACAAACCAUUGUCGAAUCGUUAUCUAGUCAAUCUGCUGCCGACCCGAUUGCAUCUGUUGCUUGAAGUGCCGUAUGAAGAGUUCUUUAGUUCGGUGGCGCAGCUUAUUCUGGAUCUGUACACCGGAGCCGCCAAUCUGCCUAUACAAUGCAAAAUAGUUAGUGACAACGCGACUAAAAUUGUGCAACUUUGCACACAAGUCAUAUCGGAGAGUGACGCAGCGAUGGAUGGCCUUUGGCGGAGACGUGAAUGGCAAAACAAGGUCGCAGCCUGUGUAGAGAUACUGUCUCUGUUCGCUUUUCUUCUGUCGAUGAUCUAUGAAAAGUUGCAACAACCAGGAAAGAGCAAGCCACGGAAAAGACCGGGGCAGGAAAAUAGCGAUGUGAAUGUAAUUCAUGAAAAAGAACGUAGCCAGUUAGUUGUUGAGUUGAUGCGUCAUUUGAAAAAGCAAUUUCAAAACUGCGAAACUGCCAUUACUAAUUGGAAGACCCCAAUGUUGCCGCGGGAGCUGAAUUCCUUUAUGGCGGACAUGUCACUGAAGCCAGAAGUAGAAGCAACGCUCAUAGGCGACGUGGCAUCAAUCUUCAAAGAAUCACAUGAGCUUAUGGUUACAGAACUCCGAAAUUUGAUCAAAGAUAAAAUGCGUAUGUUGAGCAAGUAAAUAGCUUGUCAUGGUUGCUACCCGUUACAACAGUGUUCUUUUUGCUGUGCAAAUAAAACAAAAAUACCACAUACAUAUAUACGAAAAACAACAGUGAAUUGAGAAAUUUUAAAGGAAAACAUUGCGUUUUAAAUAAGAGAACAAAUCAUCUACUACAUAAAAAAAAGAUUGGGAGUUAAAAUAUAGAAAAAAAUGCAAUUAUUUUAAUUUACAAAAACUUUUGAAUGGAAAAAUGUUAAUGAUUUCGACCUUCCAAUCUUCAUGAUUAUUCUACUGACUAUACUUAAAUUUUAAUCAGCACCUAAUAGACAACUAAACUAUUGGGUAUAUUUUGUUAUUUAAUUUUUAGUUAAUAAAUAAACCACUUGGGAUAUUUAUUUGAUUUGGUUUCAUGGAUUUCUAAAAUAUAACGUCUUAAGUAAAUUGUUACUAUUUUCAAUCCUAGCGUAUUUCUCCUGUGUUUGAACUUGACUAAUCUCCUUUUACAAAUUACGCUACAUGUAUGUAGGCGUUUACAUUAAAUUGAAAAUGCAGCCAAUAGCAAAUUACUGUUCUUUUUUUAUGAUAAAGUUUAUUGA